AUUAGUAAAUACUCUGUCUUAGAAACAAAUUAAAAUUGAUUUCACCAACUAUAAUGAUGCAUAAUUUUUUAUUAAUUGGCUGCUUUAUUGCUAUUUUAAGUGUUACUCAAGCAUCAAUGAGCGCUUCAGAAUUUGUCCACUCUAAAAUCCAGGAACAUCCCGUGGUAGUUUUUAGCAAGUCUACCUGCCCUUACUGCCGCCGUGCGAAAGAGCUAUUCACUGAGCACUCUGUCAAAUUUGAAGCCUUUGAGCUUGAUCAAAUGGAUAAUGGCUCGGACAUUAGAACAUACUUGACCGAAAUUACGGGACAGACGACCGUGCCUAAUAUCUUCAUUAAUGGAGAGUUUGUUGGCGGAUGCGAUAAACUCGUUGCGGCCUCCAAAAAUGGAAGUUUGAAAACCAUUUUAACCAACGCAAAUGUGAGCUUCCAAGGUCUAUAAACAACCCCACUCAUUAUAUGCCCCGUUAUAAGAAUAAAAACACCCAAUUGGUGAGAGGGUAGUGCACAGGCACCCUCUGGCUACUUCUCGCUAGUAAA